AUGGAUUGGUCAGACAUUUAUGAAUCUGCUCAUGACAGCCCUAUCUUCUCUUCUCUUCCACCACCACUACUACCACAGCCACCAGCUCAGUUUGAAGUUGAAUGGACAUGUGAAGAAAACAAGGUGUUUGAGAAAACCUUGUCUGAAUUUGGACUUGGCACUCCUGCUUUUUUUGAAAAUGCCAACAUGAGGCUUCCUCAGAAGUCCUUGGAAGACAUUCAAAGGAAUUUUCAGACUCUCAUAAGUGACUUGGAGACGAUUGACAUGAAUAAUGGAAAGGGGAAAGAGCCCGUCGUGGAUGAUGAUGAUUUUGAGGUCAUGCCACCUUCACGGCCUUCGCCGCCGCCUGAACAACCACCGGCUAGACAGCCGAGGAAGACACUCUCCGGUAAUAUGAGGAAGAGGGGAAUUCCAUGGACUGAAGAAGAACACCAGCUAUUUCUGAUGGGGCUGAACAAGUAUGGAAAAGGGGAUUGGAAUAGUAUUUCAAGAUACUAUGUUGUUAGCAAGACAUCAACUCAGGUGGCCAGUCAUGCUCAGAAGUUCUACCGCCGCCAAAACAGCACCACUCCGCUGGACCGCCGCCGACCCAGCAUCCAUGAUAUCCAGACUGUGAAUGUUAACAUAGGAGGAGGAGGAGGAGGCUCCGGUUCUCAGCAGAUGUAUUAUAACAAUCUGCCAUCACUUCCACCUAUGAUGAAUUCAUAUAAUUACUAUCCCAAUAUGAGUAACAGCAGUAUUCAUGCUGAUGAUCAUGCAAGUAACAGUAUUAACAGGGAGAUGAUGAUGAUGAUGAUGACUGAACCUAAUUACAAUAGCUACUCUAAUGCUGCUUCUGCUGCUGCUGUUGAUGGAUCGAUGAUGAUGAUGAUGGAUGAGCCGGGUUACAAUCAGUUUAACAAUGUGGGUUCGGGUUUUAAUAAUGCGGCUGUUGAUGGAUCGAUGAUGAUGAACUAUCCUUAUGGAACUAAUUCAACUUACAACUUUUCGGAAUCAAACCAGUACUACUGA